CACAGUCAAUAAACACCAAAUUCAUUCCGACGGAUCUUUGCCAAAUUUCAAGACCAACGAAUUCGUUACAACAACCUUUUUUUAAACUAGAGAAUAGUUUGGAGCUGCGGUGAGUGGAUCCUGGGAGGUAAGCGAGCCUUGUUCAUAUAGACCAUAUUCGAGCUCUUCAGGGAUAUCGUAUCAAUCGCGACUGAGUUUCUGCUGCUUGAAAAGACCUGUUCCACUAGUGUAAUUAUUGGUUCGGUCACUUUGGAACCGAUAUACCUUCAAUCCUCGUUUGAUUUGGGAGUGAGAGGUUGCAAAGGGGUCUUGCUUUCAAGACGGAAGUUUCCGAACACCCGAUCUCCAUCGUCUAGCGUUCCCGACCGUUCCUUGUCGAGCGUGCCCAGUAUCACAAUCGUGAAUGUCUGAGUAUGCGAUACUUAUUGAAAUGCACAAAACUAUAUAUGCAAUCCUGGUUUGAUUUUAUCCACCUUUUAGAUUGUUUAGAUAAGGACAACAAAUUGCGAUUUGUCUCAGAAAGUCAUUCUCUGGGCGUCCGUACCACAUCUCCAGUUGUCUCGCACGCUUCUCACCACGAUGAAUUUUCCUCCUAAUUUCUCUAGUCCUUUGUUUCUACGACUCUUAGAAUUUCCUGGCGAGCGCUUCCAUUUUGGUAGUGCUUUUGGUAUUGCACGCUGAGCAGUAAAUCGUUUCGGUGUGUUCAUGGAUCAAAGAGAGGUCGACGAAGCCGAAGCGCAGCUUGCUCGAGCUCUGGGCCUGUCGAAUUUCGAUUCCUCCUCGAACGAUUCAAGGGAUCCGGAACAGCAAUUCAUCCCCGACCCCUACGCCGAACAGGUCGAUCUAUCAAAGCUGCGUGGCGUGGCCAGUGGUGACAAUAAGAAAGUGGACGACGAUUCCGAGACCGAUCUGGAAGCCCUCGCCGAACUGGUUCCCGACAUCAAGUCAAGACGCAAGAAUACGGAUAGCAGCGGUAUUGAAGUUGGAUCCCAUUCACACAUUCCCAUGCCUGCACAGGAUCAGUACAAGUCUUCUCCGGCAUUAGACGAAGUGAUCGCAAGGGCAGAUUGCGCGCCUCCUCCCUCGGACGAGGAUUCGACCGACGGCCGUAGACUUAGCAUGCCAUCGGCCACCGAUUACUUGAAACAUACGGUAUCCACGCAGGCGAACGGGUCCCGUAAUGUGGAUGACGUUUCGAAACUAAGUUCGAUGAAAGGCGGUAACAAGGACAGGACAGGGCAUGUUUAUAAGCCAAGCAAAGGACCACGUGUACCUGCUGAUGAGGAUGAAGAAUACGACGAGGACACUCUUGGAGAAUAUCCGAGGUCGGAGCACGUGCUGGGGGAGGCCGAAAAUGUAUCUAAGGACUUUAUGAAUCCGUCUUCAGGGCAGUCUAUCUCCACCGCCACACAGACCCACGAAAUGCGCAUGCCCAUGUUCCUCCCGACCUUCAAACCUGCUACGGGCUGCACCAAUGCCUCAGACUUUGUGGUGCGCUGCUUCGUUGCCCGUCUGCGAUCGGGCAUUACAGUGGUAAAACAUGGGCGAUCCAGGUGGUGCAAGUCGCGAUUGCGAGUCCUGCACAUUCAUCCGGACGGUCGAUCCCUCAGUUGGAGGCCUGCUGAAGGAGAGCCCACCACAAAUAGACGCCCUCCCAAGCUCGACUUGAGUACUUGCCUCGAAGUCCGGCACGCCUGGAGCCCUGAUCCUCACAAUCCUGUCUACACAGGCACACCUAUUCUGCGACAAAAAUGCGAAGCUGCGAAUGCACACAAGUCCUUUGCGUUGAUUUUCAAAGGUCGCACCGUCGACAUCACGGCCGUCACUGCGGAUCAGUGCAAGGUGUUGAUGGAAGGCUUUUCGGCUUUGUGUUUUCGGUUGCAGGUGGCUAAUCUUGCUGGUCGCAAAAAAACUCGGCCCAUGCCGGAAGAAGAUGGUAUCAGCACAACGGCCAGCAACACUCUGACCAACAAUUCCUCGGCUCCCCGUAGAUAAUAUGCCGCACUUAUAUUUGCACCAAUAGAGAGGCGAGAGGCAGUGUCCUUCUCGCUACUCUCUAUGUAUGGAAGCUUACUGUUAAUUCAACUCGCAUAUUUUAAAAAAACUUUCUACCAUGUCCU